GAGAUCCUGAUCAUGGACUGUGAAGAAAUCCCAGAGUUUUCAAGUCCAGAGGAGGAAACAGCGUACUGGAAGGAGUUGUCUUUGAAGUAUAAACAAAGUUUCCAGGAGGCCCGUGAAGAGCUGGCAGAAUUUCAAGAGGGCAGCAGAGAACUGGAAGCAGAGUUGGAAGCCCAGCUGGUACAGGCUGAACAGAGGAACCGAGACUUGCAAGCGGACAACCAAAGAUUGAAGCAGGAAGUGGAAACUUUAAAGGAGAAGCUUGAGCAUCAGUAUGCACAGAACUACAAGCAAGUGUCAAUGUUGGAAGAUGACUUGGGCCAGACACGGGCAAUUAAAGACCAGCUGCAUAAAUAUGUGAGAGAGCUAGAGCAAUCCAAUGAUGACCUCGAGCGUGCUAAAAGGGCCACAAUUGUUUCCUUGGAAGACUUUGAACAAAGGCUAAAUCAGGCCAUAGAGAGAAAUGCCUUUCUGGAAAGUGAGCUGGAUGACAAGGAAUCUCUGCUAGUUUCUGUACAAAGGCUGAAGGAUGAAGCAAGAGAUUUAAGGCAAGAAUUAGCAGUACGGGAAAGACAACAGGAAGUAACCCGCAAGUCAGCUCCUAGUUCCCCAACGCUCGACUGUGAGAAGAUGGAUUCAGCUGUCCAAGCUUCACUCUCACUGCCAGCAACACCUGUUGGGAAAAGCUGUGAGAACAGCUUUCCUUCUCCAAAAGCUAUUCCCAAUGGCUUUGGUACCAGUCCUCUUACUCCAUCUGCCAGGAUAUCUGCUCUCAACAUCGUGGGUGAUCUCCUAAGGAAAGUGGGGGCUUUGGAAUCCAAAUUAGCUGCUUGUAGAAACUUUGCAAAGGACCAGGCAACACGGAAAUCUUAUGUUUCAGGGAACAUAAACAGUAGCAUGAUCAACAGCAAUGGCAUGAAGUUCUGUCAUUCAGGACAUACGACAUUCUACGACAAAGCGUCAGAUUCCCUGCGUAUUUCAUGGGGCAGUCAACGGCUUUGAUCAAGGCCCGCCACCAGGUCUAGGAGGGUCCAGACCAUCGUCAGCACCAGGCAUGCUCCCUCUGAGCGUAUGAAUGGGAUGCAAGGCCAUGAUGGGACUUGAGAUUAGUUCUUGAAGGAACAAGAAGAGCUGCUUGCGAUACUUUUCCGUUAGUGCCCCCUGCUGGAGCUGCGUGGUUGCUGCAGUACCCAGAAGCUGCGCGGAGAAGAACCCAGCACACACACAGCACUCCUUAUGUCAAUACAAUCUAUUUUCUUCUAUUUCCAUCGUGGACGUUCUUUAACGUGGUCACCGCUGAUGUCUGUCUCACAGGAUGCUGGAGUUGCACUUGCCCAAAUCACCUUCCUUCUCUUCUCCCCUCCCCCAUUUUGUUCCUUGGCUAAGUUGGCCCUGCAUUGAUGCUGGAUGACCCCUUAGCAACUUUCCCCCACUUUUUCACACUGCUCUCCCUUUCUCCAAACCUUGCACUUAGGCACACAAGAUCCCUGUGCUUUCUCUUUUCUGGAUGAGUCAAUUCAUGUUCAAGGGAGGUCAGGGAAGGCUUAGAACUCCCCUGGUCAGCUGAUGGACUUGGGAUGCAGAAUGAACCUGUGUGGACCUUCCAUACUCCCAAUGAAACUAUGAGGGGGUCUUAGUACCUGACACAGCACUCCUGCUAAAGAUCUGGGAUGUGGGCCAUGGAGAAUAUCUAGAUGUGGCAUCCCCUAUGUGGAGCACAAGAAAUGUAUGUGCAAUUAUCUCUCUGUUCACCAAAGCGGAUUGUUUUUAAAAUGGAGAAACACCCCCAAUUUAGCGAUUCCUUUCCAGUCAGCUUCAUCUUGUGCAGCUGACUUUGCCUAUUUUAUUUCAAGAGAGCUGUACUUUGGGGCUCUGGCUGCUUAGUGUGAAUUGCCCAAGAGCAAGGGAAGGAGAAGGGAAUCAAAGCCAGGGAAGGCUAGGAGCAAAUUGCCACUCACAGCUUGGAUUUUGUCAGCCCUUUUCCUGUGUGUCCUUUGCUGCAUUGACUGUUUACAUUUGUUUUACUGUACAUAGAUUUGUAAACAUAUUAUCUUUGCCUAAGAUAUUUGUACAUAACUUGGGCUUUGUAGCUUUAUUUAUUCAGAAUCUCUGAGGCAUGUUUUCCCUAGAACAGUGUGUCAGAUUUCUGUGGUGACUGCCAUCCUGUGGUUUAACAAGAGAGAUGGUCCAAAAAUAAAGAUCUUUUAAUGUGGA